UGGGUCCCCACCUCUGUGGCUUGAAACCAAUCUGCUCUACUCCUUCUUACAUGAAGUAACUCGGAUGGCCAGGAAGUUUAUUCACAUUUCAGCUCUGUUGCAGUAUAUAAAUUUGUCACUGACAUGUAUGUGUGAAGCAUGGGAAGAAAUACUGAUGCAGAUGGAUUCUCGUCUCACUAAGUUUGUGCAGGAAAAGAACACAACCACAUCAGUACAGGAUGAAUUUAUGCACUUGCUGUUGUGGGGGAAGGCAAGAAUUAUAGACAUUAGUAUAAAGAAUUUCAAGGCAUUUUUCCGGUGGCUUUAUGUGGCCAUGUUGAGAAUGACUGAAGACCAUGUGCUUCCUGAGCUGAAUAAGGCUCCAGACUUUUAUAAUCGAAAAAGAAAAUAA